CGAUCCCGGUGUGUGGUCGGCCAGUCAAGUCAGAAAAGGGUCUCAUCCUCUACGCACGAGCUUCUGAAAGAUGCGUCCUCACGGACUGCCCCUGCUAGCGCUGUUCUGCCUGGCGCUGCUGGCGCUGGGUCGCGCGGAGGACAUCAAAGGACGGAGUCGGUACGGUCGGCGCCGGCCCUAUUUCUCGUGGCGUGAGCUCGGGCGGGACGCCAAGUUCACCUGGGAUGAGGCUAACUACCACUGUCACCAUCUCGGUCUGGACCUGGUCUCCAUCGGCUCCUACCGAGAGAGCCGAGCCAUCAACAGACUCAUCUACAAAGACGACGUGGACUACAUCUGGACAUCGGGCCGCCUCAGCCCGCGGGGCUACUUCUACUGGACGGCGAACGGCCACCGGGUGAAGCCCUUCAACUGGUCCGGCACCGGCAGCCUGGGACGUCCCCAGCCCGACGACAGCGAGGGCCACGAGUACUGCAUGGCCGUGCUCAACAACGUCUACAAUGACGGCAUCACGUGGCACGAUAUUGCCUGUCACCACCGCAAGCCGUUCAUCUGCGAGUGACACGGUGGACUGUCAUCCUUCCGGCGAGCUGAGCGACAGCAGUUCGUCAUAGGACUCACGUGCGCACAGGCUCGCGUGUCAGCUUACAUGGCGAUGUACGUGCUAGGGUGCUCGGCUCGAUUGGAAACGCCUCAUGGUCGUGGUGAACCUGGUUCAGGCUUUAAUUUACCCUCUUGGUGCGUUUUGUUUGCGGUAAAGAGUGGGUGGUAAAUUCCGAUUACCAUCAUAUUUCGGUGCGCGGGAAGAUUUUGUAAGAUCAACGAAAGACUGCCGAGGAUAUAGCUGUAAUCUAGCAACAGUGAUCAGCUCGCGUGCUGGCUUGGUGAACGUUUCAAUGAAACGUGUGGGGUCUGCCUGAGAAACGCAGCUGUAUUUCUAAGACAUUCUUUUUAUAACAAGCAUAAGACAGUCGGAUCAAACCUCGUAUUUCUUCAUUGGCAGUGCUUUCCAUCGGGUACUUCUUUAGUGCAACCAUGAAUUGUGAACAUGAUGCAGCCCGUGCCAAUGCUUAUCACUACACUCUUGACUGCAUCUGAAACUCCAAGACAUUCGAGAACAAAAUUAUGGAUAGAAGAAUAGCCAUGGUACAAUCUAUGGUGGAAGGAAGCUGCGUAAUGGGUGUUAGUUACGUGUAGCGCUGUUGGUAACCGUACGCAUGGUGUUUGAAGUAUAUAUCGACGGACGAAUCUCUAUUUGAUAUACGUGGGAAUGGGAGUGGGACAAGGGAUGGACGUGGG